CAAAAUGGUGGACGGCACCGCACGGCGAGCCAACGACGGGACCACUAGUGAACUAAUGUGUGAGGAGGGAGGGGGUGCAGUGGUGAUCACACUAGUGAUAAGUGACGUGCGGAUAGUGAAUGCGCUUGAGGUGUGAGGUGAAGCGUGGCCGCUGGGGGUGGGGUAGGACGCCACUGCAGCCGCCAUGCAGCGCACGUCCGUCCGUCACCUCCUCUCAGGUUACAGCGAGAGACGCGUCGGUUAGUACAGUGACGUGUUCACAUUAUAGUGCGAUUUGUAUACGAGACGUUAUCGCUUAACCCCGUCAGGAAAUCUCUGAAUUUUGCCUCAGCGAUAAAAGUCGUGCGGCACCGAAAGGGUUUACAAGGCUAUAUAGCGAGACGGAGCAGUCUCUCUCUCUCCAUAAACAUAGCGCAGCUUGCAGCAUAGCUCCCGGCCACGCCCAUCCCUGUAUAAGCCCCUCCCUCGUCUAUCUGGGCCAGCGCCAGGCUAAUAAAACUGGUCAGAUUCCCACAUCUAACCCCUCCCCUCUCCACUAAACCUUCAUAGACUUAACUGCAACGCAUGGGCGGUGCUUCACCCCACCCCCCCUCAUCAAGUUUUAGUGAGAGAACCGCCCAUCGGCCUCGAGGGGAGGCGGGAAAACAAGCUGCGCUGAUUGACAUGUCCCUCUAGCAAUCAGCCGCGUCCUCCCUUACCCUGCCACUAAACGGCUUCGGCCAAUCGGAGUAGUUAAGGAGGCGGGACGUUGUGGGAGCUCUGUGGCUGCGCCUUCUCCACUUUGCUGCUUGUUGGCUCCGCCCCCUUAUGCUCCGGGACUGGACGGGGAGAGUUGGGUUUCGGGGGGAACGAUCGCUGUGAGGGGAAACUGCGGCUGGGGCCUGUGCUCGGUCUUCUUUCUCUCCCUCCAUCAUCUCCCGCUGCCGGUUGCCUGGAAUAUACAUGUGUCCUUUUAAAAGGGGCUGACAAUUGACACAGAUUCUGGUUCUCUAUCUCAUGCAAUGGCUACAGGACUGAAAAAUGUGGGCAAUGCUUUUGGUGGCCCGGCUUCCUCUAAAACCUUCCAGACCACAUCUGUUAUAGUUGAUGAUGACGAUGAUGUUGUCUUUAUUGAACCUGUGCAGGUGCCCCAGAAUGCACCGCCUGCAGCUCCUAGAAGUGCAGGCUUUUCUUCAGCAACAAAAGAAAACCACAGGGCUGACUUGAAAUUACACUCUUCCAGCAAAGACUUGGAUACUAGCAAGGGAGCAAUAAGUGAGACAAUCAUCAUUGAUGAUGAGGAAGAACCUGAGCCCAGUCGUGUCCAUGACAAAAAUGCUUCCACUUUUACUAGUCGCAGACUUAUUGACUCCAACAGACCAAUUAAUGUGGAUUACCCAUCUUCAUCCAGCUUCUCAAGAAACAAACCAAAUGCUGGCUUAAUGAGUUCUGGUAUUACUACUGAGCCUGACUCUGAAAUACAGAUUGCAAAUGUCACCACUUUAGAUUCUGGAAUGAACUCUGUAAGUGAUGGACACCAUCAGACUUCAGAGAGUAGGGAUAUGAAUCUGAUGAUCACACAUGUCACAUCACUGCAGAAUCCUGGUAUGGGAGAUGUUCCUAAUGGAUUGCAGUCAGCUAGUUUUGGUGGCCAUGUACCAACGUUCCCACCUUCAAUUACCUCACAGACCAAGUCUACAAUGGGACCUUAUAAUCCAGGAAGAAUUAGUGUUGGUGGUGAUGUCUUUCAAAAUGGAGAAUCUGCAACACAUCAUACUUCUGAUGCCUGGAUAUCUCAAUCUGCAUCCUUUCCUCGGAAUCAGCAACCUGGUGUUGAUACCAUGUCACCAGUGGCCUCUCUUCCAAAACAAGUCUUGCAAACUCCCUCACAACAACAGCCUUCAAAAGCUGUUAAAGUCACUUGUGCAAACUGCAAGAAGCCGCUUCAGAAAGGGCAGACUGCAUAUCAGCGCAAAGGAUCCACUCAUUUGUUUUGUUCCACUACUUGCUUGUCAUCCUUUUCACAAAAACCAGCUCCAAAGAAGCUCUGCACUAUGUGCAAAAAAGAUAUUACAACAAUGAAAGGUACAAUUGUUGCUCAAGUAGAUUCGAGUGAAUCCUUCCAAGAAUUCUGCAGCACCUACUGUUUAUCAUUGUAUGAGGACAAGCAGAACUCUGCCAAAAAUCAAAACAAGUCAAGGUGUACCAUAUGCGGCAAACUAACGGAGAUUCGUCAUGAAGUUAGCUUUAAAAACAUGACACACAAGCUGUGCAGCGAUCACUGCUUCAAUCGCUACAGGAUGGCUAACGGCUUGAUCAUGAAUUGCUGUGAGCAUUGUGGUGAAUACCUGCCAAGCAAAGGAGCUGGAGACAAUGUACUCAUGGUUGAUGGCCAAUGGAAGAGGUUCUGCAGUCCAGCCUGCCUCAAUGAAUUUAAGCUGAAACAUGGAAAAUUAACCAGCUGCACCGGAUGCAAAGCUCAAUGUAGGAUUUUUGACAUGACUCAGUGCAUUGGAUCAAAUGGACACAUGGAGCCAUACUGUUCAACGACAUGUAUGAAUGCUCACAAAGCAAAAUAUGCAAAGCCGCCGCCACCUCCUCCGCCUCCGCCAGUUGUCAUACCCACUCAGAAUGUGGGAAUAAUUUGUCAUUUUUGUAAAAGAAACUCCUUACCUCAGUAUCAAGCUACAAUGCCUGAUGGAAAGCUGUAUAACUUCUGUAGCUCUGGAUGUGUAGCUAAGUUCCAGACUCUCAGCAUGCAGACUUCUACUAAUGGCCAACAUGUCAGCAGUGACAUUCAGUUGAAAUGCAAUUACUGUAAAAACUUGUUUUCUUGUAAACCAGUUACACUGGAAUGGGAGAAAAAAGUGAACCAGUUCUGCAGCACUAUUUGCUGUGAGGACUAUAAAAAGCUGCACUGCAUUGUUACCUUCUGUGAAUACUGUCAAGAAGAGAAAACCUUGCAUGACACCAUGAAAUUCUCUGGUGUCAAGAAGCCAUUCUGCAGUGAAGGUUGUAAGCUGCUAUACAAACAGGACUUUGCAAAGCGGCUGGGAUUGAAAUGUGUUACCUGCAACUACUGCUUUCAGAUGUGCAGAAGAGGAGCCACUAAAGAGUUUGAUGGGAAAACUAGGGAUUUCUGCAGUGAGGAUUGCAGUAGAAAGUUUUCGGAUUGGUAUUACAAGGCAGCAAGAUGUGACUGCUGUAGAACUCAAGGGACACUUAAGGAAAAAGUACAUUGGCGAGGCAUUGUAAAGAACUUCUGUGACCAGCAUUGCUUACUGCGUUUUUACAGCCAGCAAAAUGAGCCCAAUAUGACCACACAGAAAGGCCCAGAGAACAUGUAUCUUGAUCAAGGUAUUCAAGCUUCACGGCCAAGAGCUACGGGUCCAAAUUCUUCCUGUUCUCCUGCAGCACCUAAGGAUAUGAAGAAUAAGGCUGUGCUGUGUAAACCAUUGUCAAUGACAAAGGCCACCUACUGUAAACCUCAUAUGCAGACCAAGUCUUGCCAGACAGAGUUAGAGGAAGAUUCUAAUACAAAGUAUGUUCCAGUGCCUAUUCCUGUCCCUGUAUAUAUCCCGGUGCCUAUGAAUCUCUACAGUCAAAAAGUACCAGCUCCAGCUCCAUUACCUGUUCCAGUCCCAGUUCCUGUUCUGGUACCAGCUGAUUUGGACAAAAUAAAAGAACUAGGUGAACAGCUUUGUUCUGAAGAUGUAGAAUUAAAGGUAGAAGAUGAAGACAAUUUAAUGGUACAGGAAGAUGACUUAAAAGAGGAAGAUGACUUAAAAGAGGAAGAUGACUUAAAAGAGGAAGAUGACUUAAAAGAGGAAGAUGACUUAAAAGAGGAAGAUGACUUAAAGGAGGAAGAUGACUUAAAGGAGGAAGAUGACGUAAAGGAGGAAGAUGACGUAAAGGAGGAAGAUGACGUAAAGGAGGAAGAUGACGUAAAGGAGGAAGAUGACGUAAAGGAGGAAGAUGACGUAAAGGAGGAAGAUGACUUAGAGGAGGAGGGCGCCAUAGAGGAGGAGGAGGGCGCCAUAGAGGAGGAGGAGGGCGCCAUAGAGGAGGAGGAGGGCGCCAUAGAGGAGGAGGAGGGCGCCAUAGGGGAGGAGGGCGCCAUAGGGGAGGAGGGCGCCAUAGGGGAGGAGGGCGCCAUAGGGGAGGAGGGCGCCUUAGGGGAGGAGGGCGCCCUAGAGGAGGAGGGCGAACUAGAGGAGGAAGACUUUAAAGUGAUAGAAAUAGAUGAUUCCAUUUCACUAAUAGAAGAUAUUCAGGGGGACAACAAGGUACAGGAUGAACAUCAACUGGACUGUAAAGCACUAAAGGAAGAAGACUGGCGCAACAUGAUUAAAGAUGAAAUAAAACUGAAGAAAGAAUCAUUGAAAGAAGAAACAAAUUUGAAGAAGGAAGAUUUGAAAGAGGAAACUUGCAAAGAGGAGUUUCUGCUGAAUGAUAGUCCAUUGCACUAUGUUGAAACUGAUGAGCUGGAUAUAACAGUUGUUGACGAUAAAGAAACGUUUGACGCAGAUGAUAGCUCAAAUAUGGAUGCCUCUACAAACUGCACUGCAGAGAGUCUGCUGGGCCUGCAACAUUUGCCAUAUGAACCAGAACUGGAUCUUGAAAUUGACUUCCCAAGGGCUGCUGAGGAAUUUGAUACAGAAAGCGAGUUUCUCUUGCCUCUUGUGUUUGAAGAGGAGUAUGAUGAUCAGCCCAAGCCUAAACCAUUGAAAAAGGGGGCAAAGAGGAAAGCAGUCUGUGACCGGUUAUUUAAUGAAACUUCUGAGUCUUUGUUUUCACUGAAAUAUUCCUAUGGCAUCAAUUCUUGGAAACGUUGGGUAAAAGCACGAAUAGCUGCAGAUGACCUCACAGAAUAUAAAUCUGUGAGGUUAAAAGAAAACAUUCUAUUGCACCUGCCAAGUGUGCUUAGUCAUUGGUUGUCAUGUUUUAUUAAGGAGGUGAAAAGACCAAAUGGAGAUAGCUAUGCACCGGACAGCAUUUAUUAUCUGUGUCUUGGCAUUCAGGAGUUUUUGUGUAUCAGCCAGAAGACAGAAAAUAUAUUUCACGAUCAAGAAUAUGAGACAUUUGGCCAAGCACUCAACAAUAUUCUUAGAAGUUGGAGACCCAGUAUUCUACCAGAUGGCUCAAUAUUUUCACGCGUUGAGGAACAUUAUUUGUGGCAAGCAAAUCAGCUUGGAACUCAAUCUUCCAUGUCCCUGCUUUUUACACUAUUCUACUUUAAUACUAAGUAUUUUAAUUUGAGGACAGUAGAUCAGCACUUAAGACUUUCAUUUGGUAGCGUCUUAAAACAGUGGAAAAGAAAUCCCCUCACGCAAGAGAAAAAGGCUUGUCUCCAGUACCAGGCAUCUUCAUUGUUAGAGAGUGACAGUGAAGAUAAAGUUGCACCUGGGAAACGGAAACAUGAAGAAGACGAGACAGUUUUGGAACAGAUUGAAAACUCGGCGGACCCAUCACGUUGCCCUGUGAAAAUUUUUGAAUACUAUUUAUCUAAAAGCCCACAGAAUAUCAGCCAGAGAAUGGAUGUGUUUUAUUUGACUCCUGAAAGCCUCUCUUCUGAUUCCUCGCUGUGGUUCACAUCAACUCCCCUGGAUCGUAACACUUUGGAAAACAUGCUAAUACGGGUUUUACUAGUAAAGGAUAUUUAUGACAAACACAGUCAUGAACUGGAUGAAGACACAGACUAAAUCUUGCAAGCUGUUAAGCAGCAACAAGAAUGAAAGUCACGUUAGGUAGACAAGCUGCUGGCGUGAAUAUCUCAGAACGAAGAGUAAAAACAUUUCACAGUUUACUCCACAUGUAUUUUAUGAGUUUUGUAGCGGUGUACCUGGCCUGGGUAUCACAUUGUAAAUAUUUGUGUGACAUUUUGCCAUUUUCCUUGUAGUGAAUUUUAGGAAACCUAAAACACAACACAACUCAUAUUUUUUUUUAUUAUUUAUUUGAACUAGGGACGUUUGUAACUUUUUACAUGAGAUCUGAAUGAGAAUGUGCCAUGUGUAUUUGCUUUAUCAUCAUAUUGCACAAUUCUGCUGUUGGAAAAAAGCCUUCUGUAAAAAAGAAGGUUUUACCCAGUUUCUUAAAUUCGCUAGUUACGUAUCUAAUAGGAUUAACAAAGAUUUAGAUUAUGCCUUCUCAAAUUUUAAAUUCAAUUGUAAAGUAAUAGGAAUUGUUUUUAUUUUCAAUUUGGGAAUAAUAGAAAUCCUAUUGGGCUAUGUAGAAAAAAAUCCUUGUCUGUACCAAAAAUUAGACAAUUUUGAAAAUGUCAAUAUUUGUGUACUGUAACGUGAAUAUUUUGGUUAAUUUUGGUUAAUUCUUCCCUAUAUUUUUUUUUUUAUUAUUAUUUUAGCCCCUCCCUAUUAAAAUAUUACAAUGGAUUUUCUUUUUGUGAUUCUUAUAUUGCCACAUAAAUAAAAUGACUGUCUAAAUUUGUGUAGCAUUAAAAAGU